GCCGGGGAACGCAGGCACCAAGGGACGGGAUGGCGGGAGGGUACAGCUUGCCUUCUGGGGCCAGAGUUGAGUUGGUGAAGAGGUCCGGCUCGUCAUGAAACAACGAAAAGGCCAGGGGCCUGGGGGCGGCGGUGGGCGCAGGAAAAGAGAUUCCUCCAUAGGUUUGAGUGACAUUUCACCAUCUACAAGUCUACCACCUCUGGUUGAAGGUCAGCUACGUUGCUUUCUAAAACUCACAGUUAAUAAAGUCAUAUGGAAGAUUGCAAAGCCUCCUACUUGUGUACUUGUACGAGUGAGGUGGUGGGGAGAAACAUCAGAUGGUACUCUCUUUUGUCCCCGGGAUGCAUUGCAAACUGAACCAAAAGCUGUGAGAACUACUACACGUUAUGCUAUUCGCUGUGGUCCAAAACAAUUUACUUCUUACUUAACAGAUAUGGCUGUGCUGGUGCUGGAAGUAAUCACCAAACUUGAUCAUCUUCCAAUUGGUAAAGUUCAGAUCAGUGGACUAGCUCAGCUUUCUCCAACCCAUCAAAUCAAUGGAUUUUUUACCAUUGUUUCACCAACGUCUAAGAAACUUGGAGAACUUCAGGUUUCACUUGCCUUGGAGCCUCUAUCAGAAACUUACAAAAGCUACAAUCCUCUUCCUAUCACUGACAUGGCAGAAAAUGUGCUUUUACCUAAGCAGGGAUCCAGAGAGAAUACUGAAUCCAGCCAAACCCAGUUUCUGAUUCCAUCAAGGUCCCAUGGGGUACCUACCCUCAAAAAUGAUGGAAAAGAAUUAGGAGCCAACAGUAGUAGAUCAACCACACCAAGGGGAAAGGACCACUUGUACUUUGUAGAGAACUCUGAUACAAUAAAGGAUUCUUUCUUUGGACUACAGCACCAUCUUAAUUCAGGACAGAGUUUAGAGUCUGUAACUAUAAAAGGCAAAGCACCACGGAAGCAGAUGUCUCUUCACAACAGUUCUGAAUUUCAGCCUCAAAUUAGAUCAGUUGCCAAGAGUCAUAGUGACUCCUGCAUUCUUUCUUCAAACAACCCCCCUACCAAGGACCUUCUUUCAGUUCUGUUAGAACAAGGUAACAAACUACGCAAUGCCAUGGUGAUUUCUGCAAUGAAAUCAAGCCCAGAUACUAGCAUGUUGUUGGACAAAAUUCAUCCUCCAAUAAAGGAAGAUUCUCUUAGACCAUCAACCCAAAUCAGAGUGUUGUCUAAGAAUCAAGUUGAAGAUCAUGUCCUUCCUUCAACUGAGGAUACAUUUUGGAAACAUGACACAAAAGUUGAUACCAGAGCUAUACAGUUGCUAUUAGGCAGUGCUGAAUUAUCCCGAGGUCAUUUCUGGAAUGGGUUAGGCUCCCCUCCAGAUUCCCCUUCCCCUGGGAGUGAUGUGUACUGCAGCAGUGAGCUAAACGACCCGCAGUAUGACCAGAGUCUCCUGGAGAACUUAUUUUACACAGCACCUAAAUCCGAUACUAGUAUCAGUGAUUUCCCCAGUGAAGAUGAUGAUGUUGUCCCUUCUAAAAAUAUGAACCAGUCAAAAGCUCUUGGCAGAUCUUCUGAAGUCCUGGAGUUAAGUGAUCAGAAGCUAAAGAAGAAGGCACCAGGCAAGAAAAAUAGAAAUUUGGUUGAACAACAGAUGCUCUCUGAAACUCCAGAAGAUACCCAAGUGACGACCUUAAGUGUGGAUAGACUGGCCCUUCUGGGAAGAAUACAUUCAGUCAGAAUGUUCAUCGAAACAAUGGGAGUUCCUCCAGAUAGUCCCCAGGUGACCCCUGGCAAAAAAAGCCUUACUGGGAGACCACCUAAGCUAACAAUAGCUAAAAAACGCACUUUCUUUGUGGAAUAUCACUUUCCUGUGGGUUUUUCCAAAAGUGGAUUGGAAAAGACGGCUUUGAUCACUGAAGUUGUUCGACUUGCCUCCAGUAAAAUUACAGAUGGAAUGGUGAAAUUCCAGCAGCGAUUUGUAUUUCCAAUACAGUUUGGUGGCCCCAUGAUAGAACACUGGUGGAAUUCUAACCUCACUUUCCAAAUUUAUGCAAAGAAAAUGCCACAGAAAAAGCCAGAAGUCAUUGGAUCUGCAGCUCUUCCUUUGCGAGCUGUCAUUCAGUCAGAGUUGCUUUCUUUCAGUGACCACCUUCCAGUGCAACAGGAAAAUGGUCAAACUCCAAUUGGCCCCCUAAAGGUAACCAUGGAGCUUGUUAUAGAUAAUAAGAAUUUCACUGGUGUCAAUUCCAAGUUAAAUAGCAGCAUCCAAUAUACCCCAUUUUGUGCUUCCACAAAUCCAGAUAAGAUACUGCCAGAACCCAACCAAGAUACUACCUAUACCAAAAAUUCACAGACUCUAACUCAAAUUCUAGAGGAAACUACAAAGGAAGCACAGAAUUUGGUGCUUCCCAACCCAAAGUCACCAAGCUCUAUAGUACCAAAUUCUUCAACCUCCAUGGCUGUACCAACCUCUCAUGAUUUAGUCAAUCAGACAGAUAUGUCAACAAAAGAAAAUGCUUUGCUGUUGCAUGUGCUAUUAAUGGUGCCAGAUGGGAAAGAUUUUAUUACUGGAGAAUCUGAGAAACAAUCACCAUGCAAUGUGUAUUUAAAUUGCAAACUCUUCAGCACAGAAGAAGUCAGUAGAUCUAUCACUGUAUGGGGUACAACACAACCAGUCUUUAACUUUUCUCAGGUGAUUCCUGUCUCUCUGUCUUCCAAGUACCUGGAAAGGCUUAAGAACAAUGUGAUGGUAAUUGAAACUUGGAACAAGGUGCGAAGCCCAGGACAGGACAAGCUUCUCGGGCUGGUGAAACUCCCUCUCCAUCAGUUUUACAUGUCAUUCAAAGAUCCCAAGAUUUCUCGCCUGCUUCUCGAUGCCAAGUACCCAGUUGUUGCUGUUGACAGCUAUAUGCCUGUGAUUGAUGUGUUCUCAGGCCACCAAAAUGGGAGUCUUCGAGUCUUUUUAGCCAUGGGUUCUUCAGAUCAGAUUAUUGCACUGCAGCGAUUAAAGAAAGAAGAAGGAAUACUCCCUCCCUUCAGCCCUAGGCCAGCCCAUUUCCUGGACCAGCCUUCUGUUGCAUCUGUUGCUCUGGCAGAGGACCAAGGAAAUGGAUUGAUGGAGCACCACUUUGAAUUCCAUAUAGAAAUGGUUAAAGGUCUAGUCCCGCUUCAGACAACAGUCUGGGGAGAAGCAGAUUGUUAUGUCCAGUAUUACUUUCCAUUUCAAGACUCCCAGUCCAGUGUGCUCAAAGGACCUGAAUUCCUUGAAAAUGGAAUUUCUCUGAAGUCCUUCAGAACUGCAACCACACUCUGCAUUCCAGAUCCCAUCUUUAAUAGUGAGCAUCAUCACUCUCUCCUGUUACCAACUGAAGUUCCAGUACAAAGGCUCCUACUAAGUGUCUUCUCUGCACAGGGCCUUGUGCCUGGAGGUGGAGUCCAGUUUGAAAUCUGGUGCAGGUACUAUUAUCCUAAUGUGAGAGACCAGAUGGUCGCCAAAGGAAUCUUGCCAUUGUCAAGGAUCUGUGCCAUGGUAACCAUGCAGCACCGUGAGGAUGUGGGAAUACAGACCUUUAAUCUCCCUUUAACCUCCAGGUUUGAGAACAGGAAGGAUUUGAGGAAUCAGUUAUCAGGUUUACUAGAUGUGGGCCUAAGGUAUAGACGAAGUUCAAGAACAACAGAGGGAGUUCUUGCUGCCCGAACUGUCUCCAUCUCAGUCCAGAUUAUCAGAGCCUGUGGUCUGCAAGCAGCAGCCAAGGCUUUGGCUGAGCAAGAUCCCGCUCUACAGUUUAGUGCCACAGUUGGAGUCAAUGCCUCUGUCACCACUCAUCUCUCGUUCUUGCCCAAAGGAGAACAGCGUAGAACCCGCCCUGUGGCCUGUUCCUUCUGUCCUGAGUUCUCCCACCACAUAGAGUUCCCAUGUAACUUGGUCACUCAGUAUUCUAGUGGAGAGGCCUGUUUCCUAGCAGAACAAUUAGAGUUUGCAGAAAUUAUUUUUGGUAUUUAUCAUGAAAAUACCAAGUCAGUCAGUAGUAUAGCCAGUAUCCAGUCAUGCAAAGAGUAUCUGCUUGGAGUAGUAAAGAUUCCAACCAAAGAGCUGCUGGUCAAGAGAUCUGGAAUCACAGGGUGGUAUCCUGUCAUUUUACCAGAAGAUGGAGACCUGCCUCACGGUUUGGAGCUUUUACAGAAGAUUGUGGGUGGUCUGGAACUUUCAGUUUCCUUCACCCAUCCUGGAGAUAGAGAACGGGUAUUAGAAGCUGCUGAGUUGAUAGGAUGGAACUUUGAGAAUAGCCUGAAGGAUCUUGUCAAGAUGGAUGAAGAGGAGCCAGCCACUGUCACCAUCUCCACCCCAAGACUAUGGCUGCCCAUGCAUUGCGUGCUGCUUGCUGGCCACACACGCAUUCAUAAGAGCACAUAUUGCUACCUUCGCUAUAAGCUCUAUGAUCAUGAAGCCUUCUGGACUCCUCUCAAGAAGCCUAAAGAAUCUGCAGUCAAAAAUCAGGUCAUGGUUACUUUCCAGGCAUCCAAAAGAGCAGAAGUAAUUCGGGGCCCUUCACUGCUUUGGUACUUCAGGGAAGAGAGGCUAGAGAUCCAAGUAUGGAGAGCUUAUGGCAAUGAUAGUGUAGAGAGGCCCCACCAGACGGACAGCUGGAUUGGCUCAGCCUACGUGGACUUAGCCAGACUUGGGGAGAGGUCAGCAAGGACACUAACUAUCAGUGGUGUGUAUCCUCUCUUUGGACGUAAUGCUUCCAAUCUCUCAGGAGCUGCCUUGCGAGUUCAUGUGGUUCUUUCCUCUCUUUCUCCACACACUGAGCCCACUCAUGAACUGGACUCUGUGGACUGCAGUAGUCACAGUGAGUCUGAGCAGCUCUCCAGAAGGAAUGAUGAAAUCCAGCUCUCUCCACCUGGUGGCCACCAAAAGUCUGCCUCCACCCAGGUCCCCUGCAACAGCACCACCUCUGAAGUCUGCCUGGCCCAGGAGGACCCUGCUGAGUUGGAAAGAACUUUUGCAGUCAGUAUCCUGGUAGAAAGAGCAAUGCACUUGAGCUUGAAAGGGAGCCCCUUGACAGAGCGAAAAGUAUCAAUACCCAGUUGUUGUGUAUCCUUUGCAACAGCUGAUGAGCCAUCUCCUGUAUACACCCAAGUGAUUGAAAACACAGAUUCUCCCAUCUGGAAUUUUCAACAGCAGUCAAGGCUAUCAAAAGAGCUGCUUCUGGACCCACAGCAAACCCUGGUCUUCAAAGUUUGGCAUAAAGGAGAUGAAGAGAGGGUGAUUGGCUUUGCCUCGGUGGACCUCUCCCCAUUGCUGUCUGGCUUCCAGUUCAUCUGUGGCUGGUAUAACAUCACAGACUUCAGUGGAGAGUGCCAGGGGCAGAUAAAAGUUGCUAUCUCCCCUUUGGAGAGUUUGAUACACUUCAAAGAAGAAAGACAAGCAAGGCGUGGGGUGGAGACCCCAGGAACACUGAUCCCAAUAUAUAAUACCUUUUCCUUCCCUGCCUCUGAUAUGUAUGCUGCAUUCCCCAGCCGUAUUGUAGAACAUAUCCAGGACCAGCUUGUUCACACCUCUUCAAAGGAACUUGAUUUCUCCUCUCCUGGGAAAAGUGGUACCACAAGAAGCCUGGCAACACGCCAUGAAGAGCAUGUGCAGAACAUCCGCCGAUUUCAUGAAUCCCUACAGCAAGGAGAGGCAAUCUUGACAAGUGAUGACAAACUGACCACAUCGCCUUUGUCCUCCCACACCUCCAUUCUGACUUCUCUCAGGAAGAAUCUGAGUGAGCUAGAUCAGAUCCAGAAGUACUUCAGCCAGAAGCUCACCAAACCUUUUCUGCCUCUGAGCCCUCACACUCAUACUGCCAUCUUGCAGAGCCAGGAGAACCAUGGGGACCAUAUUGGGCCAGAAGCCAGCACCCUAGACCCUGAGAGCCAGUGUAUCCUGGAAAAAUCCAACAACCUGGUGGUACAAGUCAGCUCCUUAAUCUCAGAUCUGCAGACUAUCACCAGGAAUUCUCAAGCAGCUUUGACUUCUCACCGAGCCAGGAGUAGAAGCAGAGAGGUCACCACAGUCCCAGAUGCUCAACACAUAGAAGCCACACAAGAACAAAGCACAACUCCAAACAAGACAUUGGCAAGAGCUGCGGCUGAAGGCACAAAUUCCCCAUCUCCUCCUGCUCUUGAAGUGACCUCAAAUGGAGGAGGAAUGUUCCAUGAGUCCCUGGGAAAUAUGGUACCCAUUAGAAGUGAGGAUACUGAGGCGGACCCACUCUACAGUGAUGAGGACUACGAAGAAGACAUUAUUGAGCCCAGGACCCUAAAUGAGAUAACCACUGUGACAGACAAAACUAGCCCUUGGUCCAGUUUUAUGUCAGACACAAGUGAGGUCAUCAGCCCUCAGCCUCAUGAGGUACAGAAGGAAGGCCCCUCCUGUCCUUCUCCAGAGCCUUCCCCUAGAGCAGAGGAGAUUAAGGUCAGAAGUAGCUUUCUGUCUAGCCCAGAAAAAGCCAUCAACUCUCUGCCAAGGCAGGGUUCUUCUACUCAAGGUGUUGCUUAUGAAGAUAGGGACUCUAAGACAGGGGUUGAACAGUCUAACUUAACCAGCCCUCACCUUUUCCCACAUCUGAAGUGCUCAGGAAUCCAACAGAGCAAUACUUUUGUUGGAUGCAGCUCAUCACAGGCAAAUCAGGACAAGGAGCCUGAGCCAGAGGCCCAGGCUGAGGAUGGAGCUGCCUCCAGUGAGCUCAGUGACUCUACUGAUAGCUUUGAGAAGUUGUCUGUACACAUAGCCUCCCAGAGCAAAAGGGAAGAUAAGGAGCCACGCAUUCACUGUGCUGACAUCAGGCAGAAGCAGGUGACAACUGGAUCAGAGGUGUCCACAAAGAAGAGCCUUCUCCCAGAGCCUGUUGUGGUGCCCAACUUCUUUUUGCCUCCCCAGCAGUUGGAGGCCUCCCUGCGGUUGCUCUCACACUCUGCAGCUUUGCCACCACCAGUCACAACAAACGAGGACAAGAGUGAAGCCACCAGGGGAGCCCUCUCCCAGAGGCCUUGUCGCCCCAGACCUAACUCAAUCCCUCCCAACCUGCCUGAGGAAGAAACUCGCAGGAUUGCUCGGAUAUUCUCUUCCCAGUUCUCCCAGAAAGACUGAUGCAGCCUGAGUGAUGAAGGGAAGGAGCCACCUGCCACCCUCCCUCAGCCUUAUCCACUUUGCAAGAGGUACCAGGUCUGUUUCCCCUGGGGCUGGCUCAGCUCUGAAACUACCACCAGCCUAGUCCGUGGACUUAUUCUGGAGGAGUGUUCCAAACCAGCCCAGCGUCCACCUUCUAGUACUCCAAUUUCGUCCUCUGUGGUGAAGCGAAGACUAGAAACAAAACGGAUUCCAGCACCUGAGUAGCCCACUCAUCUUUUGACCAAGGGACCCAAGCAGGCAUCUUCAAUGGAGAAACUCCUCCUAGUGUCCUCCUGCUGACUGCUGACCUGAGCCCACCUCUAUGGAAUAGGAUAGGCCAUUUUUGCCUUAAAGAUUGGAGCCUGGGGAGGGGUGUGUAGUUUGUAUGCAUCACAUGUAACUGAGGAAAUCUUAGGGCCAGCUCCAGUUCAUUUGCUUGGGAAUAAGGGUAUUUUAUAGAAAUAAAUUAUUUUUAUGCUGUGUUGAGUUAAUAAUAGGAAAGGAAGGGGAAAUCACCUCCUUUAAACUGUUUAUCUGAUUGUCUGAAAUUCUAACCAUGCUUUUAAGUUAUUGUUUUUACUCAGAUCUGAGGUCAUUGUUCCCACUUUAUUUGAAUAUAAUCAUUUUGAUGUUUGUA